AUGGACUGCAACACACUAUUAAACGAAUUCCAGAUCGUCAAGGUUCUUCUGGUUGAUACUCAAACGAAAUCGUUGGUUCUUCUCGGCAAAAUAAACAGCCAGGAUGCAAUUGUCACCUUUGAAAAGACAGCAUUCUCCGCCUCUUUAGAGAACAACGCCCAAUUCAAGCUCCAAGAUAUUUUGGAAUCGACCAAAUUGAUCAAUCAUAAUGACAUCUAUUUCUGGAGCAUGGGUCUUCUUGUGCAAGAUCUCGAUGCUGCCCCAGGGACAAAAGUAAACUUGAUCUACCCAGCUACAGAGAAGCAUAUCCGCAAGUAUGAAACGCAAAAAUUGCACAUGGUGCGGGAAACUGCUGAAAUGUAUGAGCAGAAGGUUGCUCCUUUUGUAGAAACACAGAAAGGAGACAGAAUACAAUGGGUCUACAAUAUUAUUUUCAAAGAUAAGGAAUCGGAGUCGUUCGUGCACAAUAACACAGAUCCACAAAACGGGUUUGUAUUACUCCCAGACAUGAAAUGGGACCAGAAAACCAUGAACGCAUUGUACUUGGUUGCAAUUGUCCGUAGAACAGAUAUUUCUAGUGUAAGGGACCUCAAUUCGUCACAUAUUGAAUAUCUAGAAGGCAUAUUGCGUAAGAUAAAGGAGGCGACAUGCGAAGCGUUUGUAAUGGAGGAGGACGAGCUCCGAGUGUUUGUCCACUACCAACCAUCUUAUUAUCAUUUCCACAUCCAUGUGGUCAACGUCGCACACCCAGGCUUGGGCAGUGGCCUCAACGUUGGCAAAGCUAUUUUGCUUGACGACAUAAUUGAUAACUUGAAGUUAUGCUCGGAUUAUUACCAACGCAAAACACUUACAUACCACUUGGGGGAACUGCAUCCUCUCUGGGAGAUCUUGAAGAACUGA